AUGAAUAGUUGUAUAAAUAUAAAUAAAACAAAGAAUUUAAUUUUUGGUUUAAGAAAUUUAAAUUUACAAUCAAAAAGUUUUUAUGCAACCAAAACACCAUUAGAAGAACAACAAUUAAAGAUAAAAAGAGAAUUUGUUGAACAUAGAAACUCAGUUAAUAUAUCCAAUCUUUUUUUACCAAAAUAUGUUGAAGGUUUAAAACAAAGUAUUACACCAAGCUUAUUAGAAAGAUCAAAAGAAAAAAUCUAUGUCGAAACAGAUUUUUUGGAAUUUCGUAAAUAUGUUUUUGAUAAUAGAGAAGAUUGCAUCAAGUUUUUAAUUGAAGCAAAAAAAUAUAUAGAAUCUAUAAAAGAGGAAUACCAAAAAGAAUAUACAAAGGUAUUGGAUGACAAAAUUAGAGAAUUAGAAGAGGAAAGAAUAAAAUUAUUAGAACCUAGAUUUUUAAAAAAAAGAAAGUUUUUUUUUAAGAAAAAUCAAGUAUAUGAACCAACAGCAACUGUUAAUCUUACAAAUAUUGACCCAUUAUAUAACACAGACAUUAAAACUAUUCAACAAUUACCAGUACCAGAUAUCAAGUUAAACACCACUGUUGUCGAAUUUGAAGACCAAAUGGAAAGUGGUAUUCGUUCUUUAUUAAAUGGUAAAUUACCAAACGAAAUAACAGAAAAAGAUAAUAUUAUACUUGGUUUCGAUUGUGAUUGGUCUGGUUUAUCAAAAUAUUUAACUGGUAUUACCUCAAAAGUUUCAGUUAUAUCAAUAUCAAAUGGAGAAAACACAGUUAUUUUUAGAAUUUGUAAUUAUGGAUUAUCACCAUUCGAUCUUUUAGGUCAAUUAUUAUUACACAAAAAUAUUGUUAAAACAGGUGUUAGAGUCCACAAAGAUUCAAAUAAAAUAUCAAAAGAUUAUGGUUUCUUACCUGAAAAUGUUAUUGAUAUAAGCUUUACAAAACAAGCAGCAAUUGCAACAGGAAAGUUAAUAAAUGGAAUUAGUAUUGAGAAAUUAGCAGCAUGUAUUUUUAACGUUAAUAUUUCAAGAAGCAGAUCACUCAAACUUUCAAAUUGGGCAUCUUCCCAAGGACUUACAAAUGAACAAAUUCAAAGUCUUUCAUACAAUGCAUAUUAUUCAUACAAAGCCCAUUUUAAAAUACAAGAACUCCCAGCUGAUUUAGAAUCUAGUAUUUAA